UCCAACAUCGCCACGCUAUGCCCACCGCCUCAUCGCAUAUAUGAGGGUUCUUGAGAACCAUUCCUAUAUAAGCGGGUGUCCUCGCAAAAUUCUUCAGUUCCAAAUCAAGACCAUAUCAACACAUCAUGGAUUCCAAGUUUUUAGUUCUCUUAGCACUUCUCGCUUUGGCCUUUGCCGAAGAGGUGAAGAAGGAGGAAGAGAAGAAACCCGAUGACAAGGCAAAACCAAAAAGAGGAUUGAUUGGACUCGGCUACGGUUACACUGAUUUUAAUACAUAUGCAGCAGUACCUGCAUUUUCGACUUAUCAGUUAAGUGAACCCUCAACUCAUACACACACCAUUAUCACUAAGGAAGUUGCGGUUCCAGUUCCACAACCUGUUGCAGUACCCAUUGAAAAACAUGUGCCAUACGCCGUCAAGGUUCCAUAUGCUGUACCAGUCGAUCGACCCUAUCCAGUCCAUAUACCAAAACCAUACCCAGUAGAAGUCACUAAACACAUUGCAGUGCCAGUUGAUCGUCCAGUACCAUACGCUGUCAAGGUUCCAGUAAAGGUUCCAGUUCCAGCCCCCUAUCCAGUAAAGGUUCCUGAACCUUAUGCAGUCCCUUAUGUAAAACAUGUUGCUGUACCAUAUCCACAACCAGUUGUUGUUGAAAAAUACACUCAACCACUGGUUCUCGACAAACAAACCUACACAUCUGGCUGGAACUAAAUUUUUCAAAAUAGAUUCAAUUUUUCCCCAAGAUUAUCAAAGUCCAUUUCAAAAAUCUCGGGAUAAAUUGAUAAAAUUUUGAUUUUUGUGAUGAAAAAAAACGAAUUUCAGGGAUCAUUAAGAAUAAUUAUUGCGCGACUUGUAAAAAAGAAACAAUUUUGACUGAGAAUCAAUGUGAAGUGAUCACGAUUUAUGAUUCUCUUUAAUGUUUUUAUUAAUUAUUAAGGCUCAGUUUUAUUUCUAAUUGUAAUUCAGGAAAAAACGUACUUAUAAAGCAGCACAUUUGUAAAGUAUUAACAAGUAAUUAUGUAUUACUUUUCCAUAUUGACCUUCACUUUGAAAAAGGAACUCUACAUCUCAAGUGUCUGGGAAUGAAACAAGAAGAUCGUUUCUCUAUUGAUCUAGUUUAUACGUUUUUACUUGAACUUUCAUUGUCAUGUAUCAUUGACUCGCAUUUAUUUUCAUUUAAAUAUACAAUUUUCAUAAAAAAAAAUAUUCUGCAGCAUUAUUUUCCUUUCGAACUAGGGUAAAUGCACUAGUAGUCGGACACUUAAG